AUGUCAUUCUCGGAGUCGAGUGUUCCAGAUUUAACUGGGAAAAUAAUGAUCGUAACCGGAGGCAACAGCGGCAUUGGAAAACAACUAGUUGCGGUUCUGGCCAGCAAAGGAGCCAAGGUAUACCUCGGGGCCCGUUCGCAGGCCAAAUACGAUCAGGCGCUACAGGAGAUUCACACGUCUCACCCGGCCACGAAAAAGUCAUCGAUCGAGUUCUUGAAAUUUGACCUCUCCUCUGCUGCCAUGGCUAAAAGGUCUGCCGAGCAUUUCAAAUCAAAAGAGACAGAGCUACAUGUUCUCUUCGAUAAUGCAGGUGUAAUGGGAACACCUGCUGGAAAGCUGUCUGCGGACUCUUACGAAUACCAAUGGGCCGUCAAUGUGUUCGGCACCUUCGUGUUCACAUACCACCUCCUCCCUCUGCUCCAGCGGACAGCCGAGAAGUCACUACCAGGAACAGUUCGUAUUGUCAUUACUACGUCUGACGGCGCAAAACAAGCACCAAAAUCUGGUAUUCCUCUUGAUGACCCCACUGUAGGCUCCAACGCAACUCGAUUUCAGUGCUAUGGCCACGGUAAACUUGGUCUCAUCCUCUUAACCCGGCAGCUGGCUCAGCGAUAUCCGGACAUCCUGACUCUAGGCCCUCAUCCCGGACCUGUCCAGUCAAACCUCACUCGAGAAUUAAACUUCCCAGGUCCUGUGAAAUGGCUUCUAAACCGCGUAGUAUUCAAGCCGGUAGAGUAUGGUGCUUUGACACCCCUCUUCGCUGGCACUGCAUCCAUUCCAAUGAGCAAAACUGGAUCGUACCUUAUUCCUCUAGCGAAAUUCGAAACCAACCUCCCACACAAGCAGUGCUAUGACGACAAAUUUGGGACUAGAGUCUGGGAGUGGAACAUGACAGCGAUGAAGAAGGCUGGAGCAGAUUAA